AUGGAUGUGGAUACUCCUAACAUAUUGAAAAGGUGUAGUAGUGCACCUUUAAUAAAUGAAGCUGCUUCCACGACUGUGACGUCGCCAACUACUAGUUCUGCACCCAGGAGUACAUCAUUUUUCGGAAUGUUUUCCAACAACAGCUUGCCGCGAACGCGCAGUAACAGCAUCAGCUGUAGUCCAUUGUCUGCAGCUAUUAAUAUACCUGUAUUUCAAGCAUGCAACCGCCGCUUGACUCCAAGAGUGAACCAACUUCGCGCUGAAGAGUGUGCCGAUGUCAGUAACCAACGUGAGGUUGCGCAUGAGCGGGAGGUGCACAGUGCGAUGCAAAUGGGCCAGUCAUAUGAAGAUCUGACGCUGGUCGGCGGACCAGCCAACUCACCUACACGCGUGCCUAGGUUUUCAACUGUGGUAUCGCCCUCACCGCCCCGCAAAUACACGACUCGCAGAAGUCUAUCACCAAACCCGAUUCGAGCGUCUAGUUUCAGCCCAAUUCGGCCUAACGCUUUGAUGGGCAAGCGCCGUUGCGAUGAUACCGAACAGUCGCUUUCGAAGCGUCUGUGUACGGACCGAUUAACGCCAUCUACUCCAGGUACUCCCGAUUCUGACUCAUUAGAUUGUACGUUCAGACCGGUUUCACCUCGUGGUCAACCAAUGAGUGAUUCAGAACAAACACAAAAUCACAAGGCAGACCCUAGCUAA